CAAAAGAGAGAAAGCUAGUGACUAUGAAGAAUUUUGAAGGAGAUACAGCUCUCCAUGAAGCUGUUCGACAUAAUGGAUUCGAGAUUGUCAAAUUGCUUAUUCAUGAAGAUUCUAAUUUGGCUUCUGUUUUGAAUGGCUAUGGAGAAUCUCCUCUUUUCAUGGCUGUUGAUAGAUGCUUUUAUGAAAUUGCCCUUCUCAUCUUGAAUGCUACUGCUCCUAAUAAUUGCUCUUUUGAUGGAAGGAACGGCAUGAAUUUCUUGCAUGCAGCUGUAAUUCGAGCUCCAAUUCCUAAAUUUGUACAUGAGGUGUUUUUCAAAUUUUCUUCUUCUUCAAUGUUGGAAAAAGCUGAUGAUGAUUUUGGGUGAAUUCCUCUUCACUAUGCAGCACACUUGGGCAAUAGAGAACUCGUUGAACUAUUUCUAAAUCAU